UUUCCGCAGAGGAGCAGUGGAGCCGGACCGGGAGUGCAGGUGAGUGUACGUGGGUGUAUGAAGGACCAGAGUCUUUACAGACGGACAAAUGACGAGUGGGACGAGUAGUGGAUUCCUCACUACACGCCUGGAAGCUGGACCGGGGAGAAAACUGUCACGGAAAUGAGCUAUAAACUGGAGGCGAAUAAGAUGGCAGACCUCCCUGUAAAGAGAGAAACAGAGGGGAAAAGACAAGUUGUAAAUCUUGAGAUACAACACUUCCCCUCUACCUACUCCUCUUCCUUACCAUCUGUCUGGCAAGGCCUUGGGAGGAAGGUCAGACUGUUACUACCAUACAUCUGGCCCAAAGGCACUCCAACACUGCAGGCACUAGUGCUGCUCUCUGUUGGCCUGCUCAUUGCAGAGCGACUGGUUAAUGUGCUGGUCCCGGUUUACUCCAAGAACAUUGUGAAUGAACUCUCUGCAGGACGUGGCUGGACUUCACUGAUUGCCACUGUCUGCACCUACACGCUGCUCAAGUUCCUACAAGGAGGAGGCGCAGGAACUUCUGGUUUCAUCAGCAACCUUCGUCAGUUCAUAUGGAUCAAAGUUCAGCAGUUUACCAGCAGAGGAGUUCAGCUGUGUUUGUUUUCCCAACUGCACGGUUUGUCUCUGCGUUGGCACCUGGAGAGACAAACUGGAGACGUGCUGAGGAGCAUUGACAGAGGCACGUCCUCCAUCAACAACCUGCUGAGCUACAUCCUAUUCAGUAUCCUUCCCACGAUCUGUGACAUCAUCAUUGCCAUUGUCUACUUUGUGUCCUACUUCAGUGUCUGGUUUGGGCUCAUUGUUUUCACCUGCAUGAUCCUCUACCUCACCUGUACCAUCCUGAUCACAGAGUGGAGGACAAAAUACAGGAGAGAGAUGAAUGAUCAAGACAACAAGGCCAAGUCGAGAGCUGUAGACUCACUGCUCAACUUUGAGACGGUAAAAUACUACAGCGCUGAGGAUUAUGAAGUCCGUUGCUUUGAAGAAGCCAUUUUGAAAUAUCAGCACUGUGAGUGGAAGAGCUCGGCAUCCCUAGCUCUGCUGAAUCAAACCCAGAACAUCAUCAUAGGAUCAGGACUGCUGGCUGGAUCUCUGCUCUGUGCCUACCUAGUCUCUGAGGGUCAGUUCCAGGUUGGAGACUAUGUUCUGUUUGGGACCUACAUUAUCCAGCUGUACACUCCUCUGAACUGGUUUGGUACCUACUACAGGCUGAUUCAGAGUGCAUUUGUUGAUAUGGAGAGCAUGCUGGCACUGCUGUCAGAGCAUAAAGAGGUACAGGAUGCUGAGGAUGCACAGGACUUGCAGUUCACAGCAGGUCAGGUGGAGUUUGACAGAGUGUGCUUCAGCUACGUGCCUGGCACUGAGGUUCUUCGGGAUGUGACCUUUACCGUGGAGGGGGGACAGACAGUCGCUUUGGUUGGUCCAUCUGGAUCAGGGAAAAGUUCCAUCCUGCGUCUGUUGUUCAGAUUUUAUGACCCUCAGAGGGGCAGCAUCCGCAUCGAUGGCCAGGACAUUUCAAAGGUACGGCAGUCUUCUCUGAGGUCAUACAUUGGUGUGGUUCCCCAGGAUACCGUUCUUUUCAAUGACACGAUCUGCAACAACAUUCGCUACAGUCGUGUUACAGCUAGCAAGCAGGAAGUUGAGAGAGCUGCCAUGGCUGCUGACAUACACAACAGGAUACUGGAGCUACCUCAGGGUCAGGCUGGGGUGUGUGAAUGGUAUGACACAGAGGUGGGGGAGCGAGGUCUGAAGCUCAGCGGUGGGGAGAAGCAGAGAGUGGCAAUUGCUCGAACCAUCCUGAAAGAACCUCGAAUCAUUCUGCUGGACGAGGCCACUUCUUCACUGGACACCCAGACUGAGAGAAACAUCCAGGCGUCACUGGCCAUGGUCUGCACCAACAGGACGACCAUAGUAGUUGCACACAGGUUGUCCACCAUCGUUGGAGCAGAUCAGAUCCUGGUAGUUCACAAUGGACAGAUAGCAGAGAGAGGAAGACACGAGGAGCUGCUGGUCCAGGGAGGUCUGUACGCAGCCAUGUGGAUGAAACAGCAGAAAAGUCUCGACACACUAACACAAACACAGAUGAACAAUCAGACUCAAGACAUUUGACACUGAACUGAGUAUGAACAUUUACAGAUUGGAUGCUCACGCCAUAAUUUUUUGUCAUAUUGUAAUCUGCAUCAAUGGCUGAGGCAGAGUGUAAGUCGCAGUGAGCUGUGGUGAUCCGUGCCUGUCAAACAGGAGCAGCUACAGCAGGCACAACUGACAACAAUAAUAUAACUUUUCUCCAUUGUUGUGAAGAAUGGGAAGUAUUUAGUACAAGUCGAGGUGAAAGAAAGAAAGCAGCUGCCACUGAUCAGAUGUUCUGCUUGUGAAGCCAUUAGAAGCAGCAGCGAUUGUGUUACUGAGAUUGUUUUGGUAUAAACAUCCUGGAUGGGCUGAAAAUGCUGGUGUCAAAGGUUGAUGUUUAGAGUAUCAGUAGCCUGAGGUCCUGAAAGAGGGAGACAGAUGUGUUUUACCUGGAACCUUGUCUCGUUAGCAAUAAAAGUAAUUGAA